UUUUUUAUAUUUUCAGAUGAAUUGAUUUUAAAAAUGUCGGAGUCCACGGUGGGGACACAGAGCCCGCUAGUAGCGGGGGACGGUAUCCAGCUCCGUAACCUUACCAUUUCAGGUUUCUUCAAUAUUGCUAGCUAUGAGAUCAAGGAGUUUAACAAGGAUAUUGUCGGAGACUUCAACAAAUUAGAUUUUUUGCCUCCCAUUCCCCAAGAGACAAACUUUGCUUUCUUCCUUGCUUCACUCUUUCUGGCGAUGAUAUGGAUCACUUAUAUAACCUUCUUUAACUCCCGUGUGGUUGGUUCCAUGUUUACCAGUCUUAUUAACAAGUUUGUUCAAGUAGGAUACGUCAAGAUUGGUUCCCUCAGUUUCUCAGUGAUGGCGGGUAAAGUGAUGUUUCGAGAUUUUGCGUACAUUACUCCGGACUGGUCAGUCAGAGCACUAGAUGGAUAUAUUAUAUUCAGAUGGUGGCGAGCUUACGUACCUAAAAAUGUUUCCGAAGAUCUCUCGCAUUCAGAUACCAGGUUGUCGGUACAAUUGUACGGUUUUGAGCUGCAUGUGUACAACAGAUCUCAUCUGUACAAGGAUCUAGAGGAAAAGUUCGGUUUGGAACCUGGCAUUCUGCCUCGACAAGAAUCUACAGUUGUACAGGAUAAGAAGGAAGACCUAGAUAUGGAUUCUAGCGAGUAUAUUCUAGGCAAAAACUGGAGAGACCUUAUCCCUGUUAUCAAGGUUGAUAUUUCCACUGGAAAACUAAUAUUUGGAAACCGUCUUCUUCCAACAACAUUAUUGGUUUCUGUAGAAGAGUCGCACUUGACCUAUUCCACUAAGCCGGCCAACACAAACCUGGAUCAUUUCAUGCAUUUUAUUAAAUGCAACGCUGAGAACAUCAAGGUUAUACUGGCCGAAAGUCCUAAAUACACAGGCUUACGGUCUCAUGAUGAAGCUCCGAGGAAUAUGGGGGAUGGAUUUGUAAUAUUAGCCAGUAAUCUGGUUCAUCUUUACUACUACAUGGAUGAGCCUGGCGUGGUCCCUGAACAUGUGGAGUUGUUAACCCUACCAUCUGGGGAAAUGGUAGAACCUGCCCAACCCUCCUGGGGUCUAGAUAUCAAGUGUGGCAAGGGAACUGAUAUCAGCUAUGGACCUUGGGCUGACAGGCAACGAGAAUUUCUGUAUAAAUUUUUCUUUCCUCCAGACUACCAACCCUUAAAGGCUACCCCUAAACCUAUACCUGGAGAUAAGCGUGCUGCUAAGAGGUUUGAUAUCCGGUUGUCUACUCUCCACGAGGCGACUAUUGAUAUUCUUUUCUCGAAGGACAAGGAGACCAAAGCUAUACACAUGAACAUUGCUCAGGGAAGUUAUUUUGAAAUGACAAUUCCGUGGUAUAUAGAAAACAGCAGUGGAUACUCUACAAGAUUGAAUGGAAAUUUGAUGAAACCAGAAGGAACAACAUCCCUUGCAUACAGGGACUUGAUUUUGUGUGAAACCUUGGAGUUCCAAAUAGACAUGUUCUAUCCUCAAUAUUGGAACAGUCACCAGGAAUGGAAUUUCACGUUUACCGCCAGCAAAGCUACACUCAAUUUUGUCUUUGUUCAUAAAUGGUUCUUUCAGGAUUUGGUAGAGGAUUGGUCGAGUAGAUCUCCUCCUGAUCUUCUAGGGUUCGUUCCUUACACAUGGAACUUCAAGUUCUUACUCAAGGAGUUUGAGUGUAUAACUACAGCUAAUGAGUAUAACUGGAUUGAUACAACUAGCACCUAUCCUGAGAACUCUCAUAUGGGAAUAUGUGGCAGAUCGUUGUCAAUAUCCUUCUCCCUACCCUAUACACACUUCCUUCCAGAAUCCGUUCUCUUUCUCUUCAAGGUAUCUGGAGAGAACAUGGAGUUAGUCCUGCACCUCCCGGACACGUUCACCAGCCAUCACAUCCUCACAACCCUAGACCCUGAGGUUAAGUUCGUCAACAGGGAUGGUAGCAUAGGCUGGAAGAAAGAUUUACAAGCUGGUAACUGGAGAAGAAGAUGUGAUUAUACAGAGGGUUGGAUAGACUGCUGGUGUGUUCCUAAUCUUGUAUUAUCCAUCUCAUUUCUCUUCCAUCCUACUCCUAUACCUGGACCUAAAGCACAGGCGGAUAUUGGAACCCCUGAACGAGAACAGGUUCUCCUUGGUCCUCUCCGACCAGUAGAUGGUGACCAUCAUUAUCCUGGACAAGACAGACAGGUUCCUGUUGAAAUAGGAGAGGAACUGCCCCCCUUUGAUCCAGAAAGCUUAGAACCAGAUUUAUGCAAGGUAGAACUAGAGGUUGGGCCUAGUCUAGUUUUCCUGUAUGGGACCUUGAUCAGAAACUUUAUGCACGUGAAAGAGAACCUAUUCGGAGAGGAUCAGCGUUAUACACCUAUGGAUGAGCAGGUUGUGGAGAGUAAAGAGAGCAAGGUGGAGAAGAAGACUAAAGAGUUUGAUCCACGAGAUUAUCGUCCUCUCAACGUUAUACUUGACAUGACCGUUCAUGAUCUUCAGGCGAACCUGGUGAAAUAUUGUUCUCCGUCGGAACCUCCCUGUCCAGUUUUAUGCGUAGAAAAACUGGUUUUUGAGAUGGAUAAAUCAUUUAGAGAAACCAGGCUACAGCUCCUACUCUCACCAGUCCUUCUUAAGGUAUCAGAUCUUGUCGAGAAAUCAGCAAACAAAGAGGAUUCUGAUACUACAAGACAAGGUAACCUACUGUUGACCGGUCUUCAAUUCCGCGGUCACGCGAUGUUCUCCGAGCUUGACCGAGAGCUAGGAGCUGAGACUCUGGAGUAUACCUGGCUGAUGGAGCUGACCUGCGGGAACCUCCUCGGGAAGGUGACUAUCCCCCAGAUCUACAACCUAGUGAUGAGCCUAGAGACACUCAUCUAUCUCACCGCUGACAAGGAGAAUGUGAUGAAGCAUCCUCGACCUUACAAGAUCUGUCAACACGAUCGGAAACAAAAGGACUGCAUAGAGUCUCAUCAGGACGUUUUAUGCCCUACUGUGCCUGAACUCAAGUACAAGAUGUUCCGUGUGAGUGUUGAUCUUGUUGAUAUCAACAUAGUAGAGAAGUGUACUGCAAUGUUUACAAUGUUUAGAUGUUCCGUGUGUUCUGUAAAGAUUGGUCCUGUGUAUAUGGAAGGUGCUCUAGCCUCCCAUAUUCUUAAGAAUACAAACUUUCAAAUCAAUCAGCAUUGUUUCCUGCAGAAGCAUGAUCGGAAAACUAAAAAAUUAUGGUUUCUCUGGCCACAAGCUGUAACUAAGUUGUCUAGCACUAUAAUAAAUAUAUUUAUCAAUCGUCUAGCACUAAUCCGUGACCUGAAGCUGAACCCUGGUUACGGUCAGAGUAUUCUUCAUCCUGAAACCUUACCUCUAGCCCCCUGUCAGAGCUAUAAAGAAAACCAACAGAUGUUAACGGAAAAAGCAGUUCCUGUCAGCUGGCCGGUUAAAUGUGGAGAACCGAUUCGUCUGCCACCUUGUGGACAUUUUAAGCAACCAAGAAGUCAGAUGUCCAACAACAGCAGCGGUGGAACAGCAGAGGGAGGAACUCCUAAACUAUUGAGAAGACAGAGAACUUUAGGCCGAAGAAGUAUCUCCUCUACUCCUCAGCAAACCUCUCAGAACAAUACUCUACGGAAGAAGAGAACAAGUCUAACUGGAACUGAAAAUAUAAGGAGUGUUAGUGGACCUUCCUUAACUGGUUUCAUUGUUGGCCGGGUUGACUCCCCCCGACGAGAGGCAGGUGGUGGACGGAUAGAGUCUCCUCGUCAUGAACCUGGAGGACGAGUUGAGUCACCCCUAGUAGAGGCUGGGGGGCGUGUUGAGUCUCCACGUGUUGAUUUCUCCCGACUAGUCAGAACAGAGUCUCUGCUCAGUGAUGCCUUGUCUUUCUACUCAAUUGAUGGAGAUUCCAGACCUGUGGUUGGAUCCCCAGUUUCACCUCGAUCUAGCCUUGGCCCAAACUCCAUGCAAACUGAGGCUGAAUCUGUAAGAUCUACCAGCACCCUGAGGGACUCCACACAGAAUUUUGAGGAUCUUGAUGAUGGUUCUGAAGCUACCCUAUCAAGAUCUGUGUCUUCUACGUCCUUUAUGUCAGCCAUAUCGGAGCAGGAUGUCAACCUGCUUCAGGAACAGGAUGAAGAUUUUGGAUUGGUGAAUCUUAGUAUCCAGGUUAACAAGCCUAUCACAGAGUCCCCUCUUCUCUUGUCUAGCUACCUAACCCAUUUGACCCAGCUCCGCUGUAAGAAUAUUGACCUCAAGCUUAACACAGCUACCAGUGUUAAACAGAGACCUCUCUCAGAUCUCACAUGUCCCAUUCUUGAGACCUUGCCCUGCUACGAGAUGAUGUUCGAGGGAUUCAGUUGCAUAAAGAUGUUUGACAAGGACGGAGAGGAGUGUUUAGCAAACAAACCAAUUCCAACACCAUCCCAUCCUCAAGGAUUUACUUGGGGGGAGGACAUGUUUAGCUUAGAAGAUCUUGAUCCUGAGACCCCAAGUGACAAAGAAACUUUACUGCAAACCUUAUCAGAUAUGAACACUAGUAAAAGUACCAUUAUCAUACAGUUUAGGGACUCUGUUGAUAUUGUCACAUCUCCAAUAAUGCUGGAGUCUCUACAAAGGUGUGUGGAGUCUUUAACUCCUACUUUUCAACUACUGCAUCCCUUGGCUGUUAUUAAUCAUCUACAUGCAGCCUCCCUAGAUAGAGUAGAGGAGAAAAAUACUUUGAAGAAAGAAAAAAGUUUAGAUUUACAGGAUAAGAUAAUUUCAAGUGACAUCAAGAUUACAGACAAGAAUAAGCUGAACCUUCCAUUUCAGUCUGUUUCAAGAACUUUUGAGAAAAGUGUUGCAUCCUCUGUUCAAGGAUCAUUGAUUCUACCAAAGAUUAAUAUUAUGGUUCUUCAGGCAUCUGUAGUUGAAGACAGCUGCGCAUUUUCAGCUUUGGAUCAGAUCAAGGAUAUUACAUGUGUAUCCUUCCUUGCUUUGGGAAUUAAAGAAGCAAGCUUUAAGUUUCACAAAACUUCUCAGUCAAAGAAAAUUGUCCAAGUUUUGACUCAAAAUGACAAGAUGCCAAGUGGCAAGAAGAGAAAAUCUAAGCUAAAGAGAAUUGCUCAGCUUCCUGUUGGAAACAUUGCAUUUGAAUCUUCAGAAACACAACUUGAGGAGAUUGUGAUGGUAGGGUCAGUUAGUAAAAUUCAUGCUCAACUCAGAAGACUGAAAAAUGAUAGUUCUUUGCUAAAGGAUGCUGCAAUCACUGCAAUACCUGAUCAUAAGUCAAAAGUGUUCUUUGAAUACCAUGAUGUUCCUCUACUGAGCAAUUUUGAAAGUGUGCUCGAGUCAAAGGCAGAGGAUGAAGAUGUUGAUUCUAAAGGGGAUAAUGUUCAUCCCUUGGGUUUCAAUAUGUGUGAGACAGGGUUAGAGGGAGUAAAGAUUAGUAUUUCAAAGAAAUCAAGCAACAAAGAUAAGGAGCUGAAAGAUUUUGAAGAUUCAGAAAAAGUUCAUGAAGAAAAUGAAAUUCUUCAGUCAUGCAGUAAUGUUACUUUAGCAGACACUAUUGAUCUUGGGGAGAACAAUGAAAUGAGCCAAAAGGAGCUAAUAGAAAAUAUUUUGAUUGAUAUUGAGAAAAAAGAUGACCAUGAAGUUCAAAUGGAGUAUGAUCAGAAAGCUGAGAUUCAAGAGAAAGAACUCAAUAAGGAUAAAUACCAGGGGAAAAAGUCAAAGGCUUCAGCCUCAUUAAAGUUUCAAACUGUUUGGUUCAACUUUGCUGCCCCUCCAAAAACUCCUAUUUCUAAAAAGAUAGACUUCACAAAACUGGACUGGAAUUUAUUAAGCACUGGAAGUCCAGCCAUUGAUGCAUGGCUGAACCCUAUUAACAGGGUACAGAAUGCAACCUCGAGUGUCAUCAACUCUUACAACUCAAGAGUUGGAGCCAUCAUUGCUUCAGUAAUGACAGAAGCUCUUGAAGCACGGGAACUUCAUUUUGCCAAAUCAAGCAAGUAUGAGAUUCUUACUGCACUUGCCAAGACACUGAAAGAAGACCCAUCUUGCCAACUGUGUUGUGUUAUGCUCAGAUAUGUAAAGAAGAAAGGUCUAAACGAGAUUGAAUCAAACCUAGACCCUAAGAUUAUUCCACCUCUUACCCACCUAAGGCAAGGCAUUGUAGUUCUGUCUAGACAAUGGAAAAAUGUGAUCUAUACUCCAAUUCUUAUAGAGUAUAAUCUAAAGACAAGUGGGAUGAAAAAUUUGUAUAGAAAUGAUGCUACUUUGGAGGUAUCUGAAGAACUUGAUGACACAAGUGAUGAAGAGGAGGGUUUUUCAGACCUUGAGAUGGAUGAAGAUAACCCACUAUUAAAAACUCCUUUCAACAAAGGAAAAUAUUUUCAAGAGGGUUCCAUUAUUUCAAACUUGUCUUAUUUUAAACCCAAAGGAUAUCGAUCACCUGGUCAGAGGAGUCCAAAUUCAGAUGACAUGUUGUUUCUUUUAGAAAAUGGAGAAAAGGACCGGAAAAGUACAAUACUUGGAGGUUCAAUUUACAGUGAUGAUUCCUUAGCUUUAAAGUCAGCUAAAAGUGACAAAGCAAUGUCAGGGCCAUCAUCUCCAGUUAUGAAAGCAAAGCUUUGUAAAACAAUGGAGGAUGGGGAAGAUCUGUACCACUGGAUGAAACGGCAGCAGUAUAUUCAAGAUUCUAAUACAGAAGGAGUUGAUACUUUAAAUGAUAUCAUUGUGAUGGAAAAAUGUGUAAAGAUCCAAGUUGAGGAAGACCCAAAUCCAAAAGACAUUGUAGCUACACAACCUCCACCCCCAAAUGGAGUUGGUAAUGCAUUUUUGGACUCUCACAUAAUUUUUGAACCACUGCUUUCUAGCCUAGGAUUGAUGCCACAACAAAUCACCAAUCUCUCCCUUAAAAAUCUUGGCUCCCAAAUAAUUGUUUGUGGAGGUGUGGACACGUUUGAAAUAUCUCUUGUAGAAUCUGAGUUUGGGAAGGAUGGAAAAGAUGUGAUGAGAGGAAAGUCAAAACUUGAAAAACUAAGCCUGGAUUCAGAUAACCUACAUGCUUUUGUUUGUAAAAAAGUUGCCUUGAGUGUAGAUUUGAAAAAGGUGACUGAUAUUUUGAAAGGGGAAAAAGAAACUAAGGAAAAAGUUCUUCCCCUUUAUGUCUCAAGAAAUCAACUUAAAAGGCAUACAAGCAGCUUUGCUAAUUUUACCAUUGAAAUUGGUUUCAUAUCUCAAAAAGUAAAUAUGCCGCUGCUUCGUCUGGUUAAUCAGAUUGUUACGAUGCAUCUUAAUGCCAAGGAGACAAAUGAAGUUCUCAGAGAGAAAAAACAAAGUGUUAACAGGACUGAAACAUUUCGAAAGCAUAAGAAGCAGAAUAGUUCUGGUAGUUCUGCUAGUGAAGUUGGAUCAGUUUUGGUUCGACCAGAAGAACUUUCCUUGAAGGGCUCAUCAGUGAAUUUGCCUAGCCAGCAGGUUCCAAUAAUUCAGUAUCCAGCAUCACUUAGUACCCCAAGUCCCUCAGCUACUUUAAAGUCUGCUCUCAAAUCCAGACCUAAAAGUUUUGCAUCAAAGUUCAGACCAAACAGUAGAUUGGGAAUGGGAGGUUAUGCCAGCUUAGGGGAAUCCCCAUUACAAGAGCCUCAUGAUGCAUUCAUAUUUUCUGGUCACCCUCUCGAGAAAAUAGCAGAGGAGCAAAUCACUAAAUGUUGGAAAACUAUUUAUCAUCUUCUAGAAUUAUAUGCCACAUUGCCAGAGACCAAAUUCAUCAGCCAAAGAGCCUCAAUUACUCAUCUUUCAAAUACAGAUAUUUCUCUUUUGCAAAGAUCCAGGCUUAAAUAUGCCCAGAUGAUGUCUGCAGAUCAAAUGAAGUCUACAGAUCCUUUAAAAACUCCAGAGACUGACAAGGACUCUCCCAAGAUUUUGUCUCCAGUAAAAAAAGAAGUUUCUUUUGCUAAGCCCGAGUUCACUCCCAAAGAGCACAUACCAUUGAUUGUAAUAGGAGAGGCUAGAAUCAAUAAAGUUUAUUUAAUGGCUUCACUUAGUGGUUUAAAGCUAGAAGGAGAAAUAACUAACUUUUCUUCAUCAGUAAGUUACAAGGAGAGAACAAGAGGUGUUCAGAAAGGUGUCAUUGUAGAUGCUCAGGUUAAUGGAAAAGUUGAUGAAACCACUAUUGCACUUCUGGAAGGUACUCCUUCACAUCAGCAAACAGUUGUGCAUUUAUCAGUACAAUCAUCUGAAGUCAGUUACAAAACUCAUAUUGCUAAGAAGGAUAAAAAUGACUGCUCCCUUACUGUAGGACCUGUUCAUGUCAAGAUUCCCCAGCACCCAGUAACGUUGCAUGGUAUCAUGGCCCGAAGCUCUAAGCAAUUAACAAACACAUUAAAGGAGUUUAAAGGAACCAGAAUUCUGUACAAAGGAAAAACAACUGUCAUAGAAGACCAUGAAAUUCCACAUGGCUCUCCCAUGGAAAAUUCAAAAACUGCACACACAGAGAAUCAAUCAGCUGAAGAUCAGUCUCAGCUUCUUAAGCCAUUGGUUAUGUCUUUUUACUUGCAGGUUGUAAGUUUUGCAGUAAGUGCAGCUUUGCUUCCAUCCCUGCAAGCUGAGUAUAAGAUGGAGAAAGUUGUUUCCAAGGGUAUGACAGGCAGUAAAGCAAAAUUUAAUAUAAUCCUGCCUAAGCACACUUUAAGCUUUAAUACCAAGCUUGAAAGUCAAGUAGAGAAAGAUACAAAUCUUCCUUCAGAAGCUUCUAUUGACCUACCUAAAGUUCAGGUUGUAGCAGAAUACAUUCAGGAUGAAAUGGUAGGCUCUGGCCAUGAAAAUCAAAAAGCAGCUGAUGGAUCAAUGUACAGCAAAGGUAAUUACUUCAAAGCAGAUGCUGAAAUUGGAGAGUUAGAUCAUGGCCUAACUACUGACAUGUUAAAUCAUUUGGUGUUUGUGCAGAAAGUAUUUAUGAAAGAAGUCAAUGAAGUUGUGCAGAAAUUGUCAGGAGGAGACAUUCUUGUUCCAGUAUGGACAGAAUUUGGAGAUGAAUUUGAAUUACAUCAUACUAGAUCAACAAAACAGUUAUUGUACACUGUAUCCGUUAAGGUUAAAAGAAUAACAUUGACUGCCACAACACCAUCAAACUCAGCUGUUAGAUUUGAAACAGGAACUUCUGAACUGGUUAUAUCUAACAGAAUUGCAAAUGUCCAAGGUUCUAAAUCAGGUUGCAAUAAGAUUUCUACCAAAGCCAAGAUAUUUCUCAAAUUAGGAUUGGGGCAGCUCAUAAAAGAUGUUAUUUACCCUGAAGCUGAACCCCAGUUUCAGCAACAUGCCUAUUUUAAAACCACUAUUCAGUUACGAAAUGCUUUGGAAGAUGAAUCUAUCACAGAAGAAGCAUCUUCACUUCCAGAGAAAGAAGUCAUUUUGAUAUCUUUGAACAGGCCUCUCAUCUUCUUUCAGCCCAUAGCAGUUGACAAAGCAAUAUUAGUCUGGCUUAGCUACAAAAAUGCUUGGGAGUACUGGGCUGAACAGCGCUCAAGCCUCAAUAAAGAAGUUCUUAUUGCCACACAGCAAGUAAUUGAAAGAGUACCAAUAAGUCAAUUAAAAGAACAAAUUAGCUCCCAGCAUAUCGGAACUCUCUUCCUUCAAUUAAAUGUUAGUGACAUUGGUGUGGCUAUUCCAAUGAUGUCUGAUCCCAAUUCUAAGGAUUUUGACUCCAAAGGAGCUAUUGUUUGUACUGUGGAAACUACUAGCAUUUCUGCAUGUUCUGCUGAGUCAAUGGUUAGUAAGGGAAAGUUUGAAGAUUUGUGUAUAAGAUUUGCGGAAGACUUUAAUCACACUUUGGAUGAUUGGAAGCCUGAUAGAUCAGAUGAUAACUUACUCAAUCUGUGUACUGUGUCAGAAGGCUCCUAUGAGGUCUGCAGUAGGACAGUUAAAGCAAAACAUGAAGACAAAAAUAAAACCAAUAGCAAUGCCAAAUGGAUACUAAAUAUUAAAUGGCAAAUGACAGGAGUUGAUGUUAAAGUUGAUACUGAGAUUGGAAAGCAUCUAAGUGCCUUAGGGCACACUUUGACAACUCUGACUGGAGAGGAAGAGGAAAUAACUGAAGAUUCAUCUAUCAGUGAUGAUUUUGAUUCAGAUAUGAUAAUUGUGGAUGAGUCUUAUCCUCAAAAAAGACAGAGGACAAUUCAAAUUGAGAAUUUACCAGAAUUUGUAUUUGACUCAUCAAUUGAACCUGCUCAAAGAGCUAAAAGAAUGAGAGAAGAAAUGAUAGAGCAGUCAAAGAUCAUUGAAGAUCUAAGAAAACUGGGUGCAUCUGAACAGACAGUUGACAUUGAACUUAAAAAAUUGUCUGACAUGGAGGCAUUUGCAUCUAAAGAUUUUAGAAGAGACAUAGUUCAAAAACUGAGACGACAAAGUGCAAGAACUCAAAGCAUCAAAGAAAAAUUUGGCUGGGGUGGAACAGCAAGCAAUCCAGCCCUUCCUCCUCAAAGAGGGAUUAGCAUAAAGGGCAGGUCUCAAUAUAUGUUAUCUCCUAGCGAUGAAUCCUACUCUUUUGAAGAAAGUGUAAGAGCUAGACUUGAGCAGGAAAAUGACAUUCUGAAAUCUGUUGAUGAUACAGAAGACAUUGAUGGAAUUAAUAUUACUGUUCCCAUCUUAUCCUCCUCAGGAAGAGAAAGAAAAAAAGCCUUUUACAAUACACAAUGUGAAACUAUUGAAGAAGAUUCUUCAUCACCAGGAUCCCCACCAUCAUUUGCAGAUGAAAGAUUAAAGGGAACAGUCAGCCCCAAGCAUCAGCAGUCUCUUCAUCAAGAGAAAAAGGCUAUCUCUGAGCCAAAUGUAGAUUAUGUUUUUGAUUUCAAAAUCUUUAUCAACUAUGGAAAGUGCAUACUACAUACCAAGGUGGAUGAGGACUCAAAAAAGCUUAGAAAAGAGAGAAGUUCGAGUAAUUUCUAUGAACAUUCUGGAAGUCCACUUUCUCAAAGAAAGUUUGGUCUUGGACAGUUCUCAGAAAAAGAAAAAGGGAGAUCAAAAGAUAAGGCCAAUAUGUCUUUCAGUAGAGAAAUAGCUACCAUUUUCUACAUUCCUGGUUUAGAUGUAAAAGUUCAUUACACAUCUAAAACUGAGAGUGAUUUUGAUGCAAAUCUUGGUCUAGAAUUGCCAUCUAGGGACAGUGAAGGCUCAUUUCUCUCAUUGUCAAAGAGAGCAAUGAACAGAAAGGCUGUUCUUACUGCUUGGGUUACUCUUCAAAGUAUUCCAGAAGAAACUGUUAUAACUCCACUUAUUUUAGAAUUUUUGGAGCAAGCUUUGGAACCCAUAUCACAAUUAGGGAAAUCUGAUAGUUUAUUUGAUAAUGUAAAUGAGUAUGAAAACAGUUCUGAUGGGGAUGAUGCACUACCAUCUACUUUAUCCUACCCUGUUGAUGUGAUUGUGUACUUCCACAUGAAAAGCAACCAGUUCAGAUUUUCCUGUCUGCCUGUAUCAAGAGUAGAAUGCAUGCUCACACUUCCUUCUCUGGAUUUAGUUUUUUCAUCUAAGAGGUCAGAUAAUGACAUUCUAGAGGAAAAAGAUUCUUUUUUUGAUAUGAGAAGGGAAUCUUCUUUUGCCAAUGUUGAAGAAAAGAAAAAAGAGAACUCUGGUGUUGGGGGACUUAGUGUGACAGGAUGCUUGGCUGACUUCUCAAUACAUGUUUUUCAUCCAUAUGGAGGUGGAAGAAGAAAAAGGAUGGAUACAACAAUGUCUCCUCCACCGUGUGAAGACAGAAAAGAUUCUCUAAGUGUUAAGGUUGCAUUUGUAAAAUUUCACUUGUCUAGAUCUAGGAAACUGGCUUUUGAUAGAAGUAAAGAAGACCUGUUAAAGCCAACAAAACUGACAAAACAGAACAGUGACCCUGUUGGGAAAGCUUGUGUAAGAUUCAGCACAAUUGUUGACAUUGGUAAGGCAACAUUCAAUUAUGACAUGAGAAGACUUACAGAAAUCCUUGCUUUCCCCAAGGCUUGGUAUCGCCGCACAUUAGUAAGAAGGCUCUUCCUGGGAGAGCUGAAAACCACAAACAUUUACUCUGAUAUUGAUUCUCCUGCUGCUGAUAUGAAUGAUGGGAUCAAUAUUCCAGGGAUCAAAGUAGACCAGAGUCCUACUAUUCCCCAUGUCAACUUGUUAAAUGCACGAAAGCAAUCCAUAGUUGCCUCUCAAUCCAAUACUCCAAAUCUUAAAAGACCAAGUCUGAACAUUAUUCAAAGAAAGAAAUCUGUUAAUCCACUUGUUAAGCAGAAUUCUCAGUCAUGGGAAACCCUGGUUCUGUUUGCUGUCAAAUUCAAAGAGCUAGAGGUUGGAAUGAACAUGGGAAAUGUGAUGGGAACAGUAUGCUGGAUUUCAAAGGAUUUUACAUCUGAAGGAAGAUUGUCAAUUGGUAGCUCUGGUCACAAGGACCUCUUCAUUGGACUUGGUUUGAAGGGCUCAAGUUUGGAGGCAAAAGGAGGAAUCAUUGGUGGAUGCAUAAAUCUUGGAAACAUUGACACUUAUAUAAGAGUGCUGGAAGAUUGUGGAAAAGAGCCAAAACACAAGGUUGGAGCUAAGUUAGAUGCCAUGGAAGUCAGGAUUGAUUACAUGGGAACAAGUGUACUCAUGAGUAGAGUCAGUCAUUUAGAAGUCACUUUAGAAAAUGAAUGGCAAGUUGGAUUGGAUAGGCCCAAUUGUGCCGAAGCAGGCAGUACUAGAAGAGCAAUGGUCUUUGUUUUCGGAGAUUUAAAAUGGGAUCAAUUGCAAAUGCUCAUUAGUAAAUCAACCACGGCUGAUUUGAUAAAGAUUUACUAUAAAUUGGAAGAAUUCUUUGUUCAACAGUUUAAAUCCAGCAAAAGAGUAUUGAGUAUUUUAGAACCCUGGUCUGCUGGCAAAGGUAUUGCUGGAGUAAAGCUUGGAAAGCGCUCAUCUGGUAGUUUCCGCUCUGGUUCAAACCAAAGUGUUUCACAUCACAGACAUUGGCAACAUGUUUUAGAAAGAGUUUCUGGUCUCAAAGUGAAGAAUUUAGCUGUAAGACUACCUCCAGCAGGAUCUAUUGUAGGAGGUAGACUAGAACUCUCUGGCAAGCACAUAUCACUUGCUUGCUUCCAUGGAAUAAACUUCAAAGCAAAGUCUUGGGCUCUGUUUUCCAUGAAAGAACCAUUUAUUUCUUUUAACAGCGAAGCUCAAGGAAUUAACAUGGAUGGCUCAAAAGCAACAAGUGUAGAGCAAAAGAUGGUGUUCUCACUUGGCAUGGGAGAAUCUCUGGCCCUAGCCCAACAUGUUUCAAUGGCAACAGUGUGCAAGAUAUCACGGAACUAUAUGUACUCACCACAGUUUAAGAGCUUGUCUGAAUGGUUCUCCUAUGCUUUUAAGAACAGCGAUCUAGAUCAAGUGGACCGGUUCCCAGUUCUAGCCACAGAGCACAAACCAAUCCAUAGGGACAAAGGCCAGUAUAAUCAGACAAUAGAAGUAAUAUUUGCCCUGCCUUGUCUAAGUAUGAUUCUCAAGUCAAUGCAUAUUCAGGGUGAACGGCCUCCUACAGCUGAUGACCCCCGACCUACUGUAACCUGCACCUUCGUAACAGAAUUCGAGGAUCAUAUAUUUGUUACAGUGGACGCCGAGGCAUUCUUCUUCCUUCAUGAUCUUAUAUCAUCUUAUGUCAAGGAGAAGGAUAGAGUGAUAUCUCACCAAGCUGGAGGACAAGGCAUCCAAGCACAUUCUGCGCAUACUUCAGACACUUUGUCCCCGGACGCAACGGCGGAGGAAUCUAGGAGGUCUAGGGCGGAGGGGGCGGAUAGAUCAGAUAAACAGGAAGGGGCGGAGAGGUCAGAAGACAGGGAUAAACCUGCCUCAGCUUCAUCCCAGACUGACUGGCGUGAGUUUGAAUGCCAAACCUGGAGACUUGAACCUACAGUCCGGCUACAGUCAUGGGCAGGUCGCAAGAUUGAACCCUACGGAGUAGAUUAUAUACUUCAAAGGCUUGGAUUCUCUCAUGCAAAGACGACUAUUCCAAAAUGGCUUCAGCGCGGGUUUAUGGAUCCUUUGGAUAAGAUUCUCUCCUUGAUCGUCUUCAACGCCGUCAUCGUUGUAUCAGAGGAGGAGGAGGGGGAGGAGACUAAUACCAGGCGGAAAGUGAGCGGUAUUCUCAACAAAUCUGACAGUUUUGGAGAACAAACCAAGAAAAUAUCUUCAGGGGCUAGGAGCAAGUAUUAAAAUUUAAGAAUCAUAGAUUCUUUAAUGAACAGAUGAAUCAAAAUAUUAAUAUUAAGAUUCAUAAAUUUGCAAAUAAGUAGAGGGAUCAGAGUAUGAAAAUCAAAAUCCAUAGAUUCCCAAAUAAACAUGAAGCAAGUAUUAAAAUUUAAGAUCGAUACAUUCAAAAAUAAACAGAUGAUUCAGAAUGUUAAAAACAAGAUCCAUAUAUUCAUAAAUAAACAGAUGAAGCAAGUAUUAAAUUUUGAUAUUAUACAUUUAUAAAUAUACAGAUGAAUCAAAUCCAUAGAUUCAUAAAUAAACAGAUGGAUCAGAAAAUUAAAAUCAAGAUCCAUAGAUGCAAUAAGAAACAGAAGAAUCAAAAUUUCAAGGAUUUUUUUAUUAUUUAUUUUCCCCAAACUUUAUUUAUUAUAUUUAUUAUUUCAUUAUGUCAACCUUAUUUACCUCCAUCUACUAUUAUCUAUAAUAGGACUUAAAUUUAUUAUUCUUGUUUACUUUGAAAAUUAUGUCAACUUUCCUACAAUUUUUAAUCCCAAACCCUACCCCCAAUUGAAGGUGGGGGUAUAAUCCCGACAACUAUAAAAUAAUUGUAAAGCAUAAUGUUUACAUUUUUAUCUAGAUUAUUGUUAACUAAGGAUAUUGUUCUCAUAUUUGAUUCUUUAAUUAAACCUCAAAAUCGAUAUUUAUUAAAUCUCUCAAAUGUCUAAUCCUCAUAUUAACAAAUAUAUAAUAUUAGAUAAAACCUUUGUAAAAGAGAAAGUUCGUUUUUUCAUCGAAUAACUGUUGCUGGGUGCAACUGAUUUAGUUUUUCUAUAUAAAUGAAUACAUAUUGAGCCACAUUUUCACUCAAAUCUAGAAAAAUAUGUCCUCCCAAUCUAGAAUCUUAUGUUCUUCUAAAUUUCCAAUUUUAUGCUUUUUUUUAAUUACUUAACCUUGUUAAUAAUUACACCCAUUUCAUUCUGAAAUUGUUAAUUAGCUGACUUGUCCAUUAAUUAUAGUUAAUUAUUACACCAACUUUAUAUUUAGAAAACUUUAAAUUGUUAAUUAGCUGACUUGUUCUUUAAAUUUUUGUAAUUUGAUUCUUUUAUGUUUGCUAGUCAUUAUCCAUCUUGCCAUGUUUCAUUUGAAGUCUUUAAAGAGACUGCUUGCAAUGUUAAUUUUUAUCUGUAUUCUGUACUGUCCCUUUAUUGAUAAGGUUUACCUAGUCGCUACAAAUUUUGAGUUCAAAUAUUCUACACAAAACUCAGCCAAAAAAUCAAAAAUAUGAAAAGACAGAAGAUCGAUAACUUUGGGGGAAAUUAAUGAAUUUUUUAUACUGAAGUUCUUCGAAUCAAAUGCGGAGCAAACCAAUAGGAAAUAUUUCUAAGGUAGAAUUAUUUCAAUUUUCCCCAAGAAUUGCCACAUUUUGGACGUACAUACAAAUUUGAAUAAUUUAUCAAUUAUUUUGUAAAAAAAAUGUUGUUUGAAACUUCCUCUUUGAACUGACAGUGCUGUAAUAUCAUUUAACUUUAUAGUGCUUUAACUUAUUUAGUGUGUUAUUGUAAUUUAAUAAAUAAUUCUAGUUAA